UCCAAACCAAGCUUCCGACGUUUCUCCUCCCCUUGCCAACCAUCUCACAUCGAGACACCAGAGCGGGCCUCAUUAUGGUGUCGGAAGACGAUGGCACCUCUCCCCGCAAGAAGCGGAAGAUCACUCCGCCUAAAGCUGCACCUUAUAUGCUACGACCUCUUUUCAACCAAGUACCUCUAACGGCUGACGAUCCUAAUGAUGAUAUCCAUAUAACCUGUGUCGAAUAUUGGAAUGACAAUCUUUAUAUCGGAACCUCUGCUGCUGAAAUCUUACAUUUUGUCUGCCUCCCGCCUGAUCCAUCGGACAACUCCAACGAGCCGUCUUUCAUCUUAGCCUCGAGGCUGCCCGUUCAGUUCUCCAGGAGUACCUCAGCAACACAAAGGCAACUGGGAGUUCAACAAAUUGUUCUUCUUCCGUCUGUGAACAAAGCCUGUAUUCUCUGCAAUGGAACGGCUACCUUCUACUUACUACCGGAGCUCAGUCCGGCAUUCCGCGAGAACACGAAGGUUAACAACUGCUGCUGGAUUGGGGGUCUUGACCAGAAUGCGUCUAUGGAUGAGCCGGAGAGGCCGGUUGUUAUGAUCGCAACUCAGAACAAAAUGAUGCUCGUGCGGAUCGGUGACGAUGCUCGACUAGUGAGAAACAUUGAGUUUCCGGGAUGUUUAACAGCAUCACGGAGGGGCAUAAUCGCUUGUGCUGCAGAUGCGCACGCGUAUUCGCUACUAGACGUGGAACAUCGGCAAAAGAUACCUUUAUUUCCAACGUCCUUUUUCGACGAAGCGUUAGGAUCUGGUCAAGUGGAGGAUAUGCCUCCCGCUUCAUUGUCUCCCAGCCCCCCUCCUGCAGAGGGUCAGACGCAUAGCAGAAGCGCCAGUUUGAAUACACUUACGGGAAUGCUUCAGCCCAAUGCGCGAUCAGCUUCACAGGAUCGUUCGAGCUCUGUAACGCCUGAGCUCUCCCCCACUUCCGGAACACCCACUCGUUCACUCUCAAAAGAACGAGGUGGAAGCAUUUCACCUAGAGUGUCAUCAGACCACCCAUCGCCUGAUUCGCAGACUAAUCCUCGUGAAGACCCAAAACCGCUUCCACCAUUGCCCAAGCAACCCUCGACCCAAUUGAAACCGCAUGUUCUUUCCCCGACUCCAUCUGAAUUCUUACUGGUCAGAGGCACUGAUGGAGCAGAGCCAGGAGUUGGGAUGUUUGUCAACGUCGAUGGUGAUGUAGUCCGCGGCACAAUCACCUUUCAUAAAUAUCCAGAGUCAAUUGUCAUUGACAAAGGGAACGAACAUAACCUUAUUGGGGCGCCUAACAACACCCGUGAGGAUCACAUUCUUGCAGUUAUAGAGGCAGAAGAUCAAGACGGAAAACCACGCAAGUUUCUGGAGGUACAGCUCUGGGAUGUCGAUCCGGGGGAAGCGGAGAAUCACAAAAGCCGGGUAGAGGUACCUUCUGUUGACGAUACGCAGUCAUCUCACGUUGGACUCCUCCAUACGCUCACCCCCAGCCAACUCGAAAUUAGCGAGAUGAGGGGCUUGCUGCAGAUGGUUCGCUUGAGAACCCUGUCACUCUCACCACACGUGCCCGCAACCGACCCAAGAACACAGGCAUCAAUAGAGCAGCUGCAGAAAGAAAAAGAAUUGUUUGAGUCUCAGGAAGCAACUGACACCGAAGGAUCGAAGAAAGACACGCCUGGCUGGGAAGCUGAGCGAAACGCUGACGAAGCCAAGUUCGCCCGUGAAUUGGGCAAAACCCAAAGCAGCCUGGUCUUGUGGAGGGGUAAUCAGAUAUGGCGGGUUGUGAAAAAUCCCUUGACGACACAACUUAAUGAUGCGCUACAGAAUGCUCAAGAAUUACAAGAGAGCGGCCACAGUGUCUUGAAUCGGGAUGCCAUCAUGGACAUUAUUAAAAUGGUACAAGAGGCGGAGCCUAAGUCUGAGGCCGAGUUCCUGGGUCUCAACUACGUGAAGCAAAAGUCCAGUUUACUCCUAUUUGGUGAUCUGGUUUUCAUGGAUCUGACCGCUAGGGACGGAGCGACAAUUGAUGUCACAGAGAAAGCACUCGCUGCCGGAGAGCUAGACCCUAGAGUGGCUCUGUUACUGGUUCCUCUGUUGCGCCAAGAGGUUUUGCAGGGACCGCAGGGCAUCUGGGUUCAUGCGGGCCUGGCAGAAAUUGCCGAAGUGUACCUUAAGCGCUUGGAGAAUGUCAAAACUGCGAAGGAAUCUGACGUUUUUGAUAGUGGGAUCAUGAACAUGAUCAAGCGCUUCUUACUUGCAUGGCAGCAAAAACGAGGAUAUGGAAGCAUUGCGGAUGACACUUAUAUAUUUGAUAGCGUUGACGCAGCUCUUCUACACCUGCUACUAGAACAAGAUUCGAACACAGUCACGGAGCAGCGUCUGCCUUCAACCCGUACCGAAUUAAACAGGCUGGUUGAUAAUUGGAAGGGUAAUUUUGACCGGGCGGUGGCGCUUCUGGAGGAUUACAAGCGACUGUUUCUCCUCAGCCGUUUGUACCAAAGCCAGAAGAUGUCCCGGAAUGUCCUCAAGACGUGGCAGCGUAUUAUUGAAGGGGAGGAAGACUCCGGUGGUGAGGCCGCUGCCUCCGCGGUUGAGGCACAAAUGCGCAGGUAUUUGGUCAAAAUCAAAGAUGCACAGCUUGUUGAGGAGUAUGGUUCUUGGUUGGCCCAGCGAAACCCCAGUCUCGGUAUCCAAGUAUUUGCAGACAACACCAGCAGAGUCAAACUAGACCCCGCCGAUGUCGUCCGGGUGCUCAAGCAACGAGCACCAAAUGCGGUUCAAGAUUACCUCGAACACUUGGUAUUUUCAAAGAAUUAUACCCAAUAUGCAGAUGACCUUCUGUCGUAUUAUCUCGAUACCGUACUUUCUGUUCUUGAGACCUCUCCUGCCGCUCGGGAGUCCCUUUCAGAAUCGUACUCCACUUACCGUGCACUGCAGCCGCCGAAACCAACAUACAUGAAUUUCAUUACCGAAAAUACUCCCUCUGAACCUUGGUGGCAGUCGAGACUUCGGCUUCUCCAGCUGCUUGGUGGGGGCGGUAGUAGCCAAUUUUCGUCCGUCCCAACUCCUAAAUUAACAUAUUCCAUCCCGGCUGUUCUUGCACGAAUUGAGCCGUUUCAAAAUGAACUCGUAUCAGAGUCCAUCAUUCUCGAUGGACUUCAAGGUCGUCACCGCGAAGCUCUGCGCCUUCUUACACACGGCCUAGGCGACUACGACUCUGCAGUUCGAUACUGUCUAUUCGGGGGACCUCGGAGUACGAGCUCGACAAAGACCCCGGCCGAGUUUGCUGACCGAUCACAUCAGUGCGAGCUGUUCGGGUAUCUGCUUGACGAGUUCCUACACAUCCAAGAUCCUUCGGAAUGCAUAGAACGAACCAGUGACCUCUUGGCACGCUUUGGGUCGUGGUUCGAUGUGGGCGAGGUCCUCCAACUUAUUCCGGAUGACUGGAGUGUUGAUAUCCUGAGCGGGUUUCUUGCCCAUGUCUUCCGGGCUCUCAUAUCACAGUCUCGUGAAACCAGGAUCGAACGAACGCUCAGUGCCGGCUUAAACCUACAAGUUGGCACGGAGUAUAUCGAGGGAGUGGAGAAGGUCGGCGGCUGGGUGGAAGACGGAGACGGACUGCGACGCUUGAAAGAGGGUGAUAUCCGCCCGGCUAUACCCGUCGACGAUGGGGAUGAUUUUGGAGAUAUGGUUGAACCUCGUGGCGGCGAUUGAUGCCACGUUUCCAUUGAUAUACUGUACAUAACGACGUAAAUGACAACCAUACUAAUUCAUCUCGCAUCACAUAGUUCCUUCUACUAAAGAUGCCCACCUAAUCGAGGUCAGGAACAGGCAGCCCGUUCACAAUCUUCACCUUACGACCCAGGUUAUCCAACGCCACCUUGGAGUUCCGCUCGCGCAACGCGCUCGUCUCAGCAUCG